UGACAUCAUUGAGUUAACAACUCACCGCUACAAACGAAUCUCUCCCUCCAAUUCCAACUCUCGUUGGGUGCGAAGAUGAGGGGUAUUGUGGGGAAAUACGCUAAUCCCCGCACCCCACACCCCGCAAUAAUGUCAAAAGGGGGAAGGCUUGGUAGACUGUCGCCCAGUAUGUAGAUCUGGGUAUCACCUUCUCAGCGUGGGGGUAAUGAUAGACAGUCGCCCAGUAUGUAGAACUGGGUAUCACCUUCUCAGCGUGGGGUAAUGAUAGACAGUCGCCCAGUAUAAAGAUCUCGAUAUGACCUUCUCAGCACCAUCCUGUUGCCUCCCGGGGUAUCAACUUAUCAACUCUCGCCUUUAAGUACUCGGGAUUCAUUAAAAACACACCAAUGGCACCAAUCGACGCUGCAAAGGUUCAGGAGCAGGCUCCGCCUGUGGGAGACAGGAAGACAGAUUCAAGCCAUUUGGAAAAUGUGGAAACCGGUGUCAAGUUGACUCAGUUUGACGGAGAGCGGGUGAUUGUCACAGAGCAAGAUAACAGAAUUAUCCUUCGCAAAACAGACAAGACAAUCUUGAUAAUACUCGUCUGGGUCUACUUCCUCCAAAUCCUCGACAAAUCAGUCCUCGGAUAUGCCUCCCUCUUCGGUCUCCAAAAAGACACCGGGCUGAAAGGCUCAGAAUACUCCAUGGUCGGCUCCAUAUCUCCCAUUGCGCAACUAGUCUGGCUCCCCUUCACCUCUGCCGUAAUUGUCAAGGUGCCCCAUCGCAUCCUGAUGCCCGUCCUCAUCCUCGGUUGGGGGCUCGCACAAACCUGUAUGGCUGCAUCGCACAGUUACGCCGGACUCGUCACCACCCGGUUCUUCCUCGGCCUAUUCGAAGCUGCGUGCCUGCCUCUUUUCGGCGUCAUUACCGGCCAGUGGUACCGUCGUGCUGAGCAGCCCGUCCGCAUCGCAGCCUGGUAUGGAACCAACGGCAUCGCAACGAUCGUUGCAGCAGGCCUUUCCUUCGGUCUAGCCCAUAUUCCCAGCAGCACCCUCAAGUCAUGGCAGAUCAUCUUCCUCUUCGUCGGCCUCAUCACCGUCGUCACCGCCCCCUUCGUCUACUGGAAACUCGAAAACGACGUCGAAACCGCCCGCUUCCUCACCGACCACCAGCGCGCCCAAGCCAUCGAGCGUCUCCGCGCGAACAACACCGGUAUCGGUUCCCGCGAAUUCAACUGGAGCCAAGUCAUCGAGGUCUUCCUCGACCCGAAAACAUACCUUUGGUUCGCGCUAUCGCUCCUCCUCAAUGUCGGAGCAGCAGUGACGAACGUCUUCGGACCGCUUAUCCUCAGUGGACUGGGGAUGGAUAAAUCUAUCACUUCGCUCCUUAACAUGCCCUUCGGCGCGGUGCAAUUCCUCGUUAUCCUAGUAUCGAGUUACGCUGCUCAGAAGGCGAAGCUAAAGGGCGCUGUUCUGCUCGUCCUCAUGCUCCCCGUCGUCGCCGGGUUGGCAGUCCUCUACUCCCUCCCCCGCAACAGCGCCAACCUUGCCCCCAACCUCGUAGCAUACUAUCUCCUUGCCUUCCUCUUCGGCGGGAACCCCCUCCUCGUCACCUGGAUCAUCGGGAACACCGCCGGGACAACCAAGAAGACUGUUAUCAUGGUGAUCUACAACAUCGGCAGCUCAGCUGGUAACAUCAUCGGUCCGCUCUUGUUCACCACAGCGGAUGCACCGAGCUACCUCCCUGGGCUGCGCGCGGUCUUGGGCUUGUUCUGCGCGAUGGUUGUGGCGAUCUUGGCGCAGUGGUUUUUGCUGUUUACGAUGAAUAAGAGCCAGGAGAGGAAGAGGGUUGCGAAUGGGAAGCCGGCGAAGCUUACGGAUAGGUCUAUGAUGGAUCAUUAUGAGGCGCAGGAUGAUAUGGAUUACGGAAAUGGCGAUGCGGCGUUGUAUGAUCUUACGGAUCGUAAGAAUGAUGAGUUUGUGUAUAUUUACUAAGGGAAAUGGGAUGCGUACACGAGCGGAGUUGAUGGGACAUCAUGGCUAGUUUAUUAUGAUCUUUAAGCAAUGAAUGAUGAUUAAUUAUG